ACGACUGCGGGAGAAGCGCAGCCUCAGCCCACCCGGCAGAGCUAAGGCAAGGGCCCGAGGGACCUCGGACUCGCUCCUGGGGAGGCCGGCAUCACGGCCGCGGAAAGGCGGAGCUGACCUGGAAACUUCUCCUUGGCCACUGACCUUUGUAAGGAACUCACUUUCCCGAGCCCACCCACACAGAACUGGCAGGGGAGCCUCUUAGGAGUGGAGGCAUGGCCAUCUUCAGGCAGCUGUCCCUGGGCACCAAGGCCGCCCUGGCUGCUGGCACUGUCUUCGUGUCCAUGAUCAUCUCCCGUUCCUACCUGGCCCAGAGCCUUGAGCUCAGGGCCUGGCGGUGGCUGUUCCGCCUGCAGCUUGCCCUCUUUGCCAACUCUCUCAUGCUCCUCGGCUCCCUCUACAUCUGGCGGAGCACGGUCGGCAACCUCAGCCACUCCCCAGCUGCGGAGUCGGCCUGUUUCCAGCUUUGGAAGAUGGCCGUGGUGGCCUUCCUGGCCCUGGCCCAUUCCAGCUUCUUCACCAUGCUCUUUUUGGUGGCAGAGGAGCCCUAUCUCUUUUCCCUGGCUGCUUACUCCUGCCUCGGUGCGUACAUCAUCAUGGUCUUCUUCCUCUGUACCCUCAGCGGCAUGGAGCAGGCCUACCAGCUCUUGGCCUGGCACUCCGGCAGGGCCGUGGGCAGCCUUGACAAGACCAGGAAGCUGGCGCUCAGGCCGGCGCUGGCAGUGGUGGUGACCGCCGUGCUCAGUGUGAUCGGGCUGCUGAACGCUGCCCAGCCCCCGGCUGUGAAAACCGUGGAGGUGCCAACCCAUCAGUUACCCGCCUCUAUGGACAACCUCAAGAUCGUGCUGCUCUCAGACAUCCACUUGGGCCCCACGGUGGGCAGGACCAAGAUGGAAAUGUUCGUGAGGAUGGUGAACAGGCUGGGGCCGGAUGUCACGGUGAUUGUGGGUGACCUCUGCGAUUCCGAAGCCUCCAUCCUCCGCACAGCUGUGGCUCCCCUGGGCCAGCUGCGUUCACGCCUCGGCACCUACUUCGUCACAGGGAAUCACGAGUACUACACGUCGGAUGUCAGCAACUGGUUUGCACUGCUAGAGUCACUGAACGUCAGGCCUCUGCACAAUGAGAAUGUGAAGAUUUCUGCCACCCGGGCUGAGCCUGGCGGGGUUGAGGGUGAUGAUUGGAUCUGCUUGGCAGGGGUGGACGACAUCGAAGCAGACAUCCUGCACUAUUCUGGCCACGGCAUGGAUCUCGAGAAGGCCCUAGGGGGCUGCAGCCCCGACCACACCACCAUCUUGCUGGCUCACCAGCCCCUGGCUGCCAAGAGAGCCCUCCAGGCUCGGCCGGACAUUAAUUUGAUCCUCUCUGGGCACACGCACGCUGGGCAGAUCUUCCCCUUGAAUGUGGCAGCCUACCUCCUGAACCCCUUCUUUGCUGGUCUCUACCAAGUGGCCCAGACUACGUUCGUAUAUGUCAGCCCUGGCACCGCCUACUACGGGAUACCCAUGCGGCUGGGCAGCAGGGCGGAGAUUACAGAGCUCAUCCUGCGGCGGGCUCCCUGAACCCACCCCUGCCCCGUGUGCCUCCUCUUUGCCCUGGCCCUCCAUCUCCAUCCCCCUGCAGGGCAGGCUCCCUGCUCCCCCUCCUCCAGCCUCUCCUGCCAACACACGCUUGUCACAAGCCUGGCAAGUCCAGGCAGGUUAACUCUGCAGAUGGUCAUCUCUGUCUUACAGGCAUUUGUCAGGCCACUCAAGCCCCUUGUGUCAGAACAGGUAUCUGUUUUGCAGAUGACGUGGAGUAAGCCGACCUCCUCUGCAGAGCUCACGGAGGGGAUGAACCCAAACCAGGGGGGUUGCUGGAGAGGGAUGCCUCGGGAAAGUGGAGUAGGAAAGGGACUUUUGGUGUUUUAAAACCCUCUUUAGGGCUUAAGCAGUUUCCAGAAUCAUUGAUCCAGAGCUUUCUGGGGAAGGGGCAGUGUUGCUAGGGCAUCUGGGAGAACAGGGGAGAUGGCUGCUGGAGAAGGUUUUCUUUUCUCCCUUGGUUCUGUCAGAGUCACCUGUAUUGAGAGCAUCAGCGAGACUGGCUGGAAUAUGUUCUGGGCCUUUAGUGAGGCUGGGGUUGGGGGUGAGGGGACGGAUGCCAGCUCUGGUAGGUGACAGUCCUAGUGCUGCUGCCUAGGGAUUCAGAGGGUGUACGACACCUGGCUGGGGGGAUUAGGGACAGGCUGCUCCCCACCACUGAGAGAUGAGAAAACUGAGGCCAAGAGAGGUAGGGCCUUGGCAGCACGACCAGGGAUGUAGGAGAUUCCGGUAGAAGCCAGGUCUUCUACCUCCCAGUGUAAGUGUUCUCUCCACUGCCUGAUAGUUAGGUAGCUGUAUCUGUUCUAGAUUCAGACGCAAGUAACAGUGUAAAGAGAACAAACAAGGGCCGGAAGCCUGAUGUCCUUUGGAAUGGUCUGCCUGAGGCUGAAUUUCCAUUCACCAUAAUGACGCAGGCUGGGCCUGCAAAAGGGUGGGCUGGUUUCAGUGUAGGAUAACUUACACUGGGGGAACUGUCCAGAAACCAUAGCACCCACCCUCUACCCCAGGGUGGGUCUGAUUUUUUUUUCCUGGAAGCAGAGGUUCCCUCUCUACCAGUGGGGGAGGUGGUAGCUUGCCUGGGGAGUGGCAGGGCUCUGAGCUCUGGCAGGGCCCCAGGCCUUCCCUCCUGGCUGUGGGGUGCUGGGCUGUCCUUCCUGCUGGGUGGCUUCCACCCCUGCCCUCACCCCCACCCUCUGGGCCUGGCCCCAUCCUUCCCUGUCCUAGGGCUCUGACCACCGAACCAUACGGCCAUCUCUGCACUGAACCCAUAGAAAAAGAGGCAGGGGUUACCGUGUCUGGUGUGAUCCCACCCCUGUUGGCUGGAGGCAGGGGACCCUUUGACCCUGGGAUAGCAAUAAGUCCUGUUAGAAAUGGCCUCCCUGAAAAUCUUUUUCUGGCAGGGAACUCUGACGGGGGGUGGGGUGGGGGGCUCACCCUCCGGCUCGCUUGUCAGGCAGCAUCGGGCAAACUUGACCUUCCUGGGUCUUGGCUUCCCUUACCCUGAAGUGGGGAUGAUUACCUACCUCAAGAGUGUUUCGUGAGGAGGGUGUUAAGUCAUGGCGCAGAGCUGCUGGGGGCACUUUAUGUUCAUUUUUAAGCAUCACAUGAGGCACACUGAGGAACUGUGUUGGUCUCAGUGCUCAGAGAUUCUGUAGAGCAGCCAGUCCCGGGGAACGUGAGUGGGUACCACGCCGCCUGCCAGGGGGCCGGUGAUCUGUCAAAAGCAGCGACUGCAGGGCCAUGGAUGGCUUUCCUCUGCCUGUGCUCCCGUCUCCUUGUGCAUGCUCUAUCUGGCCAGAGUGAGUCUCUUCCUUUUCCUCCUGGUCCUCUUGGUGUUUACUGGAACCCUGGGGGUCCUGGAGGCCACCUUUCUCAUGUCCCAGCAGCCAAAGUAUUGACCUUCCAGUCAAGUUUCCAGUGUGUCUUUGAGUCGAGAUUUCAGUGAUUUCCUCAUUAUUUACACCCCCCCCCCCCCCGUGUUUAAUCAUCCUUACAGCUGAGAAUGAGUUGGGGGAGAAGCAGCUUCAGAACUGAGGAAGUGCCCCUGGGGAGCCUUUCCUGAACACAUUCUGCAGGUGGUGGGACUACAGGCGGGGAAGGGCUUUCUUUGCCCAGGGCAGCGCCCCUGCCUGCUCUGCUCAGGCUCCCUGGCACCCUUCUCCGUGGCACCACUCAAGCUCCCCGCCUCUCCCGGCCUCAGGAAGGUCGUCACUCUUCCAAACCCACUCCCUUUCUCAUGCCCUGACCCCCUUUCCGAUCACCGACUUUCCAGCUCUCUCAUUUGGAUCCCAGCAGACUGAAAGUUGUGCUGUUUGUUUUCCACCCCUCGGUGCAGCGGGUCCUGGGUGACUCGCCUGCUCACCAGGUUAUUACACUGUUGUCUUGAUUUGAGAUCUUUCUCAUCAGUGCCCUGAACUUGAUAGAGUUCCUUCCAUCAGUCCUGCUUUCAUCUGGCAUCUGUCUUGUGUACCAGUUGUCCUUGCUCUGAAGUCCUGGCUUGACUGAUUCCUCUCUAUAAAUAGAAAUGAAACAGGUCUGUCUGUGUGCCCAAGGAACAGUCAGCAGCACCUUUGUGUACUUGGUUUGUGUUCCAUGAUGUGGUGGAUGUUUUCCCAGCAGAAAUUUCUCCAUUUGUGUCCAAAUAUGGUCCUGGUGGGCAGGCGGCUCUCCACAGCACACUUGGUGCCUCUGUUCUCUGUUCUUCAGUCAUUUACCUUGGACAAGUUUAUUUAUUGCAAGGGGUUGGGAGGAGGUGGUGAGAAACAUUUACUUGAAGCCUGAAAAUUCUUUCAAUUUCAUUCUAAUUUCUUUUUCAAAAUCUGUUAAAUGAAAGUUAAAAUGAAACGUAAGUCUUUUUAAAAAUUAACAGUCGUGUGUAUUAUGAUACUAUUGUUAUAAAAUCUCAAUGCAUUAAUCCUACUGCCAUCCAUUCCAAACAUGCAUUCACUCAUCCAUCCUUUUUCCCCCCUUAUUUUGCUUUCUCUUUUAAAGCUUUUUAUUGUGAAAAAUUGAAAAUAUUCCCAAAGUAGAAAGACUAGCACCUGAAUCCCCAUAUAUUCAUCAUCCAGCUUCAACAACUGACUGUUCUACUGUUAUUUCUCAUCUAUGCUUGCCCUUUCUUUUUUCUUUCUUGUCUGGAGUAUAUUAACAAAAAUCUUAGAAAAUGUAAUGUUACCCCAAAGUACUUCAGUAUAAAUUCUUAUUUAAAAAGCAUCUCCAUAAUGCUGUUACAGCCAAGGAAAUUCAGAAUAAUUCUUUAAUAUCAUCUAAUACCUAGUUAGGAGACUUGGGGCUAGAAGCCAGGUCUUCUGUCUUUCAAUAAAAGUGUUUUUCCCACUCUCUGGGGGUUGAGUAGCUACAUCUGUUAUAGGUAAGUGCAAGAUUCAACUGCAGUUAACUGUGUAGAGUUUUCAAUUCUUCCUGAUUAUCUCAACUGUCUGUGUAUGUAUGUGUGGUAAAAAAAAAAAACAAAAAAACAACACAUAGCCUAAAAUUUAUCAUCUUAGUGGUUUUUAAGUGUACAGCUCAGUAGUGUCAAGUAUAUUCACAUUGUUGUAAAACAGAUCUCCAGAGCUUUUUUCAUCUUGCCAAUCUGAAACUGUAUCUGUUAAACAACUCCUCCCCUUCCUCCCCUGCCCCAGCCCCUGGUAACCAGCACUUUGCAUUCUGUUUCUAUGAAUUUGACUGCUCUGGGUACCUCAUGCAAGUGGAAUUAUGCAUUAUCGUCUUUUGUGACUGGAUUAGUUCACUCGGCAUAACAUCCUCAGUGUUCAUCCAUGUGACAAGACUUCCUUCCUUUUUAAGGCCAAGUAAUAUUCCAUUGUAUGUAUAGACCACAUUUUGUUAUUCUUUCAUCCAUCAGAGGACAUUUGGGUUGUUUCUACCUCUUGCCCAUUGUGAAUAGUGCUGCUGUGUACACGGGUGUGCAAAUACCUCCCUGAGACCCCUUCUGUUCUUUUGAGUAUAUACCCAGAAGUGGGAUUGCUGGAUGAUACAGUAGUUCUAUUUUUCUUUCUUUCUUUCUUUUUUUUUUUUUUUUGAGGAACCCCUACACUGUUUUCCAUAGUAGUUGAACCACUUAACAGUCCUACCAGCAGUACCCAAGUGUUCCAGUUUCUCUACAUCCUCACUGAAACUUACCUGCUGGUUUUUUUAUUUGUUUGUUUUUGAUCAUGAUGUGAGGUAAUAACUUAUUGUGUUGCUGAUUUGCAUUUCUCUGAUAAUCAGUGAUGGUGGGCAUCUUUUUAUAUACUUGUUGGCCAUUUGGAUAUUAUCUUUGGAAAAAUGUGUAUUCAAGUCUUUUGCCCUUUUUAAAAUCAGGUUAUUUGAUUUUAUUGUUGAGUUGUACAGGGUCUUUAUAUAUUCUGAAUAGUAACCCCUGACCAGAUAUUUGAUUUGCAGAUAUUAUCUCCCAUUCCAUAGGUUGACUUUUCACCCUUGUAUCCCUUGAUACACAAAAGUUUUUAAGUUUGAUGUCCCAUUUCUCCAUUUUUUUGCUUUUGUUGCUUGUGCUUUUGGUGUCAUAUCCAAGAAGUCACUGCCAAGCCCAAUAUCAUAAAGCUUUCCCCCUAUGUUUUCUUCUAGCAGUUUUUAAAUUUAGGGUUUUAUGGAUAGGCCUUUGAUCCAUUCUGAGUUAAGUUUUGUAUAUGAUGUGAAGGGUCCACAUUCGUCCUUCUGCAUGUGGACGUCCGAUUUCCCUGCACCAUUUGUUGAAGACACUGUCCUUUCCCUAUUGAGUGGUCUUGGCAUCCUUGCUGAAGACCAUUUAAACGUACAUGUGACAGUUUAUUUCAGGCCUGUCUGUUCUUUCCCACUGGUCUAUUUGUCUGUCUUCAUAUCAGUAUCAAUAUAUAUCGCUUUGAUUACUGUAGUUUUGUUAUAUCUUUUGAAAUCAGGAAGUGUGAGUCUUCCUGCUUUGUUCUUCUUUUCCAAAAUUGUUUUGGCUAUUUGGGCUCCUUGAAAUUCCAUAUUAAUUUUAGGAUGAAUUGGUCUAUUUCUGAAAAAAAAUGCUAUUGGGGUUUUGAUAGAGAUUACAGUGACUCUGUAGACCACAUUGGGGAGUACGGACGUCUUAACAAUACUAAGUCUUCAAUCCACGAACACGGGAUGUCUUUCCAUUUAUUUGAGUCUUUUUAAAUCUCUUUCAGCAGUGUCUUGUAGUUCUCAGUAUAUGAGUCUUCCACCUCCUUGGUUAAAGCUUAGUCCCAAGUAUUUUAUUCUUUUUGAUGCUAUUAUAAUUGGAAUUGUUUUCUAAAUUUCUUUUUUGGACUGUUCAUUGUCAAUGCAUAGAGAUGCAACUGAUUUUUGUAUGUUGAUUUUGUAUCCUGCAAGUUUGCUGAAUUUAUCAGUUCUAACAUUUUUUUUUUGUAUAUGAAAUCUUUAGGUGUUCUGCAUAUAAAUAAGAUCAUGUCAUCUGUGAAGAGAGAUAAUUUUACUUCUUCCUUUCCAGUUGAAUGCCUUUUAUUUCUUUUUCUUGCUUUGUUGCUCUGGCGAGGACUUCCAAUAGUAUCUUGAAUAAAAGUGGCAAGAGCAGGCAUCCUUGCCUUGUUCCUGAUCUUAGAAGAAAAGCUUUUAGUCUGUCACCUUCGAGUAUGAUGUUAACUGUGAGCUUUCAUAUGUGGCCUUUAUUACGUGGAGGUACUUUCCUUCUCUUCCUAAUUUGUUGAGUGUUUAAUCAUGAAAAGGUGUUGAAUCCUUUCUAUUUCUGCCUCACUUGAAAUGAUCAUGUGGUUUUUGUCCUUCACUUUGUUAAUAUGGUAUAUUCUGUUGCUUGAUUUUCACAUGUUGAAUCAUUCUGUCAUUCAGAAUCUCACUUGGUCAUGGUGUGUAAUCUGGUCCUUGGUUUUUCUUUGAAAUUUUCAAUUACUGAUUCAAUCUUCUUCCUAGUUAUUGGUCUGUUCAGAUUUUCUGUUUCUUCAUGAUUCAGUCUUGGUAGGUUGUAUGUUUCUAGGAAUUUAUCUGUUUAUUCUAGAUUACCAGUUUGUUGGCACACAAUUGUUCACAGUAGUCUCUUAUAAUCCUUUUUUUUUUUUCUGUGACAUCAGUUGUAAUAGCGCCUCUUUUAUUUCUGAUUUUAUCCACUUGAGUCCUCUCUUUUUUCUUAGUUAAUGUAGCUAAAAUUUUGUCAAUUUUGUUGAUCUUUUCAAAAAACCAACUCUUACUUUCACUGAUUUUUUUCUUUUUUUCUCCCUCAUUCUCUAUUUUAUUUACCUCUGCUCUAAUUUUCAUUAUUUCCUAGCUAGCUUUAGGUUUAGUUUUUCAAUUUCUUGAGGAAUUAUGUCACUUAAUAGUUCUUUUACUUGAAUCAGGAUCUAAUAACAAUAUAAUAAAUGUUGUAUUUGAUGUAUUUCUUAAAUCUCUCUAAGUCUGUAAAAUACCCUCCCCUCUUAUUUUAUGUCAUUUGCUUGUUCAACUUAACUGGAUAUUAUAUCUUGGUUCUUUGGAUUUGUGGUGGUGUUUAACAUGUACUGUCCUCGUAUUUUCUGCAAACUGGUAGAGGCAGACGUCUGUUAAAGUUAGAACUAGAAGCUGGAUAGAUUCAUGUUCAACUUUUCCCCUUUUAUGGUAGGAAGACUUCAUUGCUUUCAGUGAUGCUAAGAUUGACCCAUGGGUCCAGGUGUUGUCAGCUUGGCCCCUCUGCUAGAAAGUUUCACGUCAUCUUUUCAUCUAAUGCUUCAGCAGUCAUUGAUGAUUGUUGCCUAAAGUCAUUAUCCCACUAGGGAUUGUAAAGUGGUGAUUUUUUUUCUUUCUAGUUUGAUACAUUGAAUACAGAAUUUUGUAGGCCAGAGUACUAAACAAGCUUUCUGGGAAUAAUUAGUUGACUUUUAUAUAAUGAAGAGACAGUGGAAACAUUUUACCUCAGUUCUGUUCUGAAGGAAUUUUUGUAGCAUUUAGAAAUGUAAUCCUGCCAUCAGUCCCCAAAACAGUGAUUCUCAAUUUCAUCAUUUCUUCUGCAUUUGCAAGCUGUGGUUCUUCUACAAAGAAUUCUGUUCUUUCCCUUGAUUCAUCAGUUUUCAGAAUGAUGAGCUGAUACUCCCAGCAAACUCCAAGGAUAACCAAUAAGCUUUGGUUUUGGGUGGGAGGGAGUAUUAUGAAUUUGGCUAUUUUUAUGUAUUUGGCGUGUUUAAACCCAUUGAAAUGGUACAUCUUUUACUGCUCAAAGUAUCCCCAUCUUUGGCCAGUUGGAGCUCCUUCAGAUUGGCUUCUGUGUCAUUUUGUUGUAGCCCUAAUAGUUUUGAUAGUUUUAGGCUUAUUUUGUACAUAUUCUGCCCCUGACUUGGAUUAAGUAAUUUCUUAAGGAGUCCUGGUUUCUUUUAGUGAGAAAUAUUUAGCGAUCAUAAUUUAAGUGCUAGAGGAGAUAAGUGCUAGUGUCAUUUCUAAACUGUUUCUAUGGCUAUUGCUAGGACAUAUAUAUUUUUUUACAAAGAGAAAAAAUUUUUAGUUAUAUUAAUAUUCCCAAUUCAAAUGGGAGAUUAUGGUUUUUUUUUUUUUUCUUUUUAAAUAGACUCUUUUUUAGAGUAGUUUUAGGUUCACAGCAAAAUUGAGUGGAAGGUGCAGAGAUUUCCUGAUUAUAGGGUUUUUACUUAACUUUGAUUUUUAUCUUUGUUUCUAUUUUACACUGAAAAUUUUGGUUCAUAACAACCGGAUAUAAUUACCUCUUUAGCCUCCUAUGUAUUUCAUAGAUUCAAAAUAGUAAUAAAAUAUUAUUAAUAGGAUGAAAUCUGCUAGAUGCAGGUUUAUUUGUUUGUUUUACCUGAAUACAGUUCAAAAUGUAUUUUUAUCCUUAGGCUCAACACACUCAAAAUACUAUUUCAAAUUCCCUUGAAAUGAUUCUUUCCUGUGUGGGAAGUUAGGUCUGUUUUUAACAUUUAGGAAUUAUUUUAUAUUUUUAAAUUUUAUUUUGGUUUUCUUAAAUUAUGCACGUACCUUUUCUCUGAGAGGAGGGGGCAGAAUUAAAGCUGUAAAUGUCUGGGAGUCCUGGGGGGUUAGGAACUGGUCCUCACCUGUGCUCAUUCCUCUUCCGUUCUUCCAUUUUCCUUCCUCUUCCAUUGUAAUUUACACUCUUUAUCCACAGUUCUCUGGAAUGCUGAACAAAUAUCUUUUUGGAACAAGAGAGGCAUGAGUAAAUAAAAUACAUAAAUAUAUAAGCUAUAGCAGAUCAUUCACAGAUUACCCCAGAUUCAUAUUGAUCAUCACCCUUUGUUCCCCAGCCUGUCUGCUGGAAUGGUGCUUUCACGACAUUUGAUGUUUGAAAGGCUCUUAGGUUGAGGAAUGUGCACAAGUCAUGCAAAUAUAAUUGUUUUUAGUCCUGAGGACUAGGAAACUUGGGGAAUGUUCCCAUUACCUGGUGAUAUAAGUAUUGAUGUUGUGCUUAAUUUUUAAAAAAUGCUUAUUUACCACUGAAAUAAUCUAAAUGGUAUCAAUAACUUGAAACAUGUUAUAUUGGAUGGUAUUUGGUCCCUGAUGUGUUUUUGGUCUGAGUAUAUUUCAUUUGCACUGUGGUCUUUUCUCUCCGAUAUUAUAUGCAUUAUGUACAUUGGGUUAGGCUGGGGGGUGGGAGCUCUGGAAGGUGUGGGCUUUGGCUUGCUUGGAAUUGCUUUUUAUUUUGUGAGUUCUGUGACCUCCUGCACGUAAGAACUGAUGCGACCACACCCGUGCACAUGUGAAAUAAAACAAUGUCUCUUCCAUA